CAGCUGAGUAAACGGACGUGCGAGACGCUGCAAGCGCCAUUGAGAGAUCGGGCCAACCAACCCAUAUAUAUAUAUAUAUAUAAAUAUAUAUUAUCGUUUGACGAGCAUCGGAAGUGCAGGCGUCGGCGGAACCAAUUAAAUUCGAAAAGGCAGAAAUUCGACUAUUAACGGCGCAUCUUUAGGCGCAAUUUUUCGUUCGACUUCAACGCGCUCUGGCGUGAUGUUGCUGGCAGUUGCAGCAGCACCAAGAGAAGCCUCUGCUAAAAAUCGUGUAUACGCACCGUUAUCUUUUGUUUAAAACUAAACAAAAACAAAUCGUUUGGUGCAGCAACCGUGUAAAAUACAGCGACAAAUUAAUAUUUAUUUGUGUAAACUAAGUGUAUUUUUAAUUGUUGUGCGUCGGUCGUAAGCUGUAACAAGGAACAUCGAAUAAAUCAUGUGGCUGCAGAGCAUACAUUUGCUGGCAUUGGUAGCGUUGGCAGCCGCCUCGUGGGGUGAUGCGAGUCAAAGUCAGUACCAUAUUCAAACGGAUGAGGGACCCGAGAGGUACUUCCGCUUUCAGACCGACAAUGGACAAUUCCGCAAGGAGAAACGUCUGCAGGACGGCACAGUCAUUGGCACAGAGGCCUGGAUCGACGCUGCUGGCUUUUUGCGACAGAAGGAUUACAUAGCCGAUAAGGAGGGAUAUCGUAUUCUCAAAUCAAAGACUAUAUUUGUGGGCCAAGGCAGGGGCAUUGAGGAGGCCAUAAAAUCCACGAAAUCGGCGCCGGCUCAGUCUGGCAUUCUGGUUGACGGUAAUGUGGGUGGCAAUAGUGUAGCCGGUGGCUAUAGAAAACAUGGAUAUGGCUAUAGCAGCACUACUUCAACGACCACGCCCCCGCCGCCACUUUAUGAGCCACCAAAUUUGGCCACUGCAAAUCUGGGCUCAGGCGUAGGUAAGCUCAACUAUUUGCCACCCGAACAGGCCGCCAAGAUACAGCCACAAACGCAACUGGGAUUUGAUCACUAUCCGGACGAGUUGCCCCGAGCACGUGACCAGCUGCUAAGCGGCAAGGUGCACAUUCAGCCGAAUGCGGAGGCCAUUGAUGACAUCAAUGCAAUUAAUGUAUACGAUGAGGAAGCAGAUCAUGGUUUUGCGCCGGGUCGUUUCGCCUCUGUGAUUGGCUCAACGACGCCUCGUCCGCCCGUGCUGAUGUCUGCGCCCGCCUUAUCCAUGCUGCCGCCUUUGAGCACCCAGCGCAGACGUCUACGACCGCGCCCAACGGCCAUCGGCAUAGUACCCACGACACCUGCGCCCAUUGCAGCUCAGGCUCCCUUUGGUUACUCCACGCCCGCUCCAUUCGCUGCGCCGCCCUCCGUUUCCGAUACCAGCUAUCACUAUGCGCCCACAGCCACGCCCGCCAGCAAUGGAUAUGGUUACUAUGCGCCCAACUUACCGCUGGAUGUGAAUGCUUUGGAUGCUUCUUUGCUGCCACCAUUGCCAGAUCGGGCGUACCGCCGGCGUCUGCGUCCGCUGCAUAACAACAAUCUGGAUGCCUCAGACUAUGAUGGUGUAAGCGUGACGCGCAACGGUUUUCGCUAUGUGUUACCCAAGCAGUAUCAUGAGGAAGCCCAGGUGGAUGACAAACGAGCGGGUAGCUUUGGCUACGUAGAUCCCUUCCGCAUACGCCGCGUCGUCUACUACAAUGCAUCGCCAGGACGUGGCUUUGUGCAUCGCAAUAACAAUCAGUAUGUAGGUGCGAAUGGAGCGCCCUACGAUGAUCCCGGUCCAGCGCAGUUGGUGAACGAGUGAACGUGAUAGGAACGAUUAAACGAUUGCAAAGUGUCCUUGUCGUAGCGCUAGCGGUGCUACAAUUAAUCAAUACCAAUACACAAACUGCCCCACUUCCUUCACAAAGCACCAAAACUAACCGAACAGCCUCAACUUUAGAAAGAAGUGACUAGCGCCAUGUGAGGGGUGUUCACUCACUGAAAGUACUUUUUAAAAUGGGAAAUUUUCAAAAGCGUUAAGCAGUGAAUACCCUUAAUGGAAAGGCAUCACUUAUUAAUCUGUACAUAACCACGCUUUAAACAUUUUCACAAACACACGACAAAACAAACAAAACGAAUAUCUGUGUUAAUUAAUUUAAUACUUAUAUAUAUUUAUAACUUAAUUUAUAAAUAAUCCAUUGUGCAAUUUGCGCCUAGAA